AUGGGAUCCAAACGUAAGAAGACAGAAAAACAGAAGGACUUUGCCAAGAAGAAGCUGAAGGUUGGGAAGACUACUGUAUCGCAAAACAGCACUUCGACAAGCUUCAAAUCCAAGAAUAUCCAUGUGACUUCACAAUUUACUGGCAUCGAUAGUGACAUUAAAGAGAUUAAUAAGCUUUUAUCGCUUUUGAAACACCACUCCUCAAAUUCUAAACACGAAGUUCUCAAUCAGCUAGUGCGUGAAAUAGACAAACAGGACAAUUUGAACUCUUUUCCUACAGAUGAGCUGAUUGUCAGACUGAAACCUUUGAUAUUGGACCAGUCUAAAUCCGUGAGGACUGCAACACUGACAUUGUUUGAGAGACUUGUCGAUCGGAAACCGGAUCUCAUUAUACUGCAUCAGUCAUCGAUAAUUUUGUUUCUUCUUUCUGCCAUGAGCCAUAUCAGUUUGUCGAUACGAAACGAUAGCACCAAGUUUCUGAACUUAUUUUUGAACACAGGGAUCUCGGACUUGAGCGUUGCUCUGGUGCGAAGAAAUUGGCCUAAACUAUUGCGAGGUUUGACGCAACUUCUCGGGUGGAAAACUGCGGUUUUAGAGCGCGAUCCGCAGUCUGUGUCUCUGAGAGUUACUAACAACUCUUCAAGUAUCAGUGAAGGUAAAAGUGCCCAGAUUCGCAAGGAGCGUAAGAUAAAUCAACUGAAAACUCUAAUUUCGUUAAUCACUUUGGGAGUUGUCGAUUCUAACAAGUCAAAGUCUAGCGAGCAAGAUUCAAAUGCUAUCCAAGUGCAUCCAUUGACAACAAUCUACAUGAUCCCCAGUGUUGCAGACCCAUUUAACAACAUUCGACUAUAUGGUCCUUCUCAACAGACUUCUAUGGGAUCUGCCUUGCACAGUGCUAAAAACCACCACCAGAACUCACAGGCAAGGGGAAGCCAGACUUUGGAAUUGGACGAUUCAUGUUCCGAUGAUCAGGAAAGUUGUCGGCAGUUCUUCGUUGAUUAUUACCUCGAGGGUAUCCAAGAAGGUGCCGAAGACACUCUGAAAGAGGAAGAUGCGGGCUUCGACUUAAAAAACGUUACAAACGAAUUGAUACAAAUCAUAAAUGUCAUCAAGUCUAGUUAA